GCUGGACGUUUCAUGGAAGGGGGGGGAAGGGGUUGGCCCUCUAGUGCCUGUCGGCGGUAACGUGUAGGUGGACAUUGUUUGUAACAUUGACAGGCAGUGUUCCCGGGCCGUCGUGGUCUCCAGGUUACAUGCCACUGGCUUGGCUGCAGCGCGACCGGAGUAAAGUGCUUCUCCAGAGAUAACCGUGACAUGUCGCUUCCUGAAUACAAAAUGGAGCACAACCACGUUCUUGCCCGUCGUUCCAAGCAAUCCAACGAAGGCCAACGGCACCCGCGGCACGUUACGUGCCAGACCAUUUCUCGCAAAGGCGCCCAGAGUUCAAAUUGCCAAAGUCGAAGAGCGACUAACUACGGCUUAUGCUGAGCUCAGCAUGCGGGUGGUAGCCUCCGCGUGAGGCAAGCAUUGCUGUUUCGGCAGGCCGGAGGAAGAAACUGGAGAGAGGCUCCAGCUUGUACAGUCUUUACUCUGCCUCGACACCGUCCACCGGCACUGUGCGGUGCGGGAGCUCCUGCCAUCCGGCCCGUGAUUCUACCGGAGGACCCUCCUCGGGCAGGCCGCGGCCCCGGACAGACGUAACGACGCCCUGGACCCGCAGCAGCAACAGCAAAAGUUGCCCAACGUCGAACGGCUGCGCGCUCAUCAGCCGCCGCGCGCCUCGUCGGCCCCUCCAGCCCGCACCGCGACUCCAUCCCGCGCGCAGCCAGCCCCGGCCGCCGUCGUCAACCCACGGAGCUUCCCAGGCGACGAUGGCCACUGCUGCUACGGCUACUUCCACGGUCCCGGCCCCGACGUCGGCCUCGGCCUCGGCGCCUCCGCCUCAUGCUGUUCCGGCGCCUGCAGCCUCGACCUCAGAGCAACGCCGUGGCCUGUUUGCGGUCCCAGGCCCCAUCCGCCAGCUCUUCAAGCUCUUCCCCUUGCGCGUCUACCCCGCCGAGGCGCUGCCCGCCCGGGCACCCGACCAGAUCCGCGAGCGGCCGCGGUUAUAUAUCUUUUGUGAGAGGGACAAGGACGGCGUGACUUUUUCGGACUACAACCCGUCGUGUCUGAAGUGGAAUACUUUUCUACGCAUCGCCGGCGUCGACGUCGAGCUUGUGUCAUCAAAUAAUCAUGCCUCUCCCUCGGGGGCGCUGCCGUUUCUCCUGCCGGCUUCGUCAGAUCCGAGACCCGAUGUGCCCUUGACGGGAAGCAAGAUUGAACGCUAUGCCUUGGACCACGGCGAGAACGUUAUGCACGACACUUCGUCGCCUCGAUUCGACGCAUACCUCUCCCUUCUUUCUCAAAAGAUCCGUCCGGCCUGGCUGUAUCAAGUCUACGUUGAUCCGCGCAACCAUCACCUUCUAUCACGCUGGUACCUUCCAUCCAACCCCAUUCUUCGUGCUUCGACCCUGCACACACUCCGCGGGGCAGCCAUAUCCGAGAUUCUUAAAACGACGCGCCGGCCGCUCAUCGACGAGGACCAGCUGUUCGCCGACGCCAGAACGGCUUUUCAAACGUUGGACCGUCUGCUCGGCCAAGAUAAGUUUUUCUUCGGCUCGGAAACACCGGGCAUGUUUGACGCUGAGGUGUAUGCCUACACGCAGCCCAUUAUUAACUACUCCUUGGUGUGGGGGGACAACGACAGGCUUUUGUGCUAUGUAGGUAUCGGCCCUUUGUUCGCGCACAGGCAGAGGAUGCAGGAUUGGUGUUGGAGGAGGCCCGGGAAACAUUGAGCAGAUUGGGACGACCGGUCUUGUAUCAUAAACUUGUACAAUACCUCGACAUUGGCAUGACCAGCACGAAUAUACCAGCACGAGGAAUGAGGCAGUCGCAAGGGAAGAUCAUGCUUGCCAUGUGACCAGUCUCGCAAUACACCCCCAGUAAGGCAACAUGAUACUGUACAGUACGGUCAUGUGGUGCCUCAGGGUCGAGCAAGACGGACAACCUUUAAUCAUUUGAAUUAGGC